AUGGGGGUGCAGAAAGGCAAGCAGGGGACAAAGGGCACCAAGCAGAUCAUGCAGGAGAACACAGACACCCUUGCCUUCUACAGGAACAUGAUACUGGCCUGUGCCAUCUACAUCAUCACUGGACUUGUUUUCUUCAAUGGCUUUCCAACGCUGGAUGUGACGCUGGUGGUGCUGGCGGUGGUGGUGCUGGCCGGCUGCUACCACUUUAUGUCAAGCAUGGCCAAACCCAAGCUGGCCGCUGAUGGCUCUGUGCUGGACGAAGGCUGUGACCUUAACAUUGAAGGGGGCAUUGCUGAGCAUGUAAAGGACUUGGUGAUCCUGACGUCUGGUACAAUGAUGCUGGCGACCCUCUCCUCCUACUUCUGGCUCCUGUUGCUGCUGGCUCCAUGUCGCGGGGGGCAGAUGCUGUGGACCAAUAUCCUUGGGCCAUGGUUCUUCCAGGAGGCCGAACCACAGCAGGAGGAACGCGUGCUGGACAAGAGGCAGAGGAAGAUGGAGAGGCGGAACAAAUACCGCUAGUGUUCCGUUCCAUCGAAGUUUAUUUUGUUUCAUUUUGUUGGUAAUUUUUUCCUUUGGGUUUUGAGUGUGUGUGUGUGUGUGUGUGUGUGUGUGUGUGUGUGUGUGUGUGUGUGUGUGUGUGUGUGUGUGUGUGUGUGUGUGUUUGGUUCUUUGUGGUUCUUCGGAUUGUUAGAGUAAGUUGCAUUUGGUUUGGUUUAGCCUCUGUGUGUGUGUGUGUGUGUGUGUGUGUGUGUGUGUGUGUGUGUGUGUGUGUGUUGUUAUUUUGUUAUGGUUAUAGCUUGUUCAAUGUGCUACUGAUGUGUUCAGACCUGUGUGUGUGUAUGUGUCAGAUAUGUACAGGAGUGUGUGUGUGUGUGUGUGUGUGUCAUCAUAAGGGGUCAUCGUUCACAACUAACGAUCCUAAGACAAGAUUAAUUCAUUGUCUUCCUUUAAUUAUCCAUGACCUGAUUAACAAGAGUAAUUAAUAACACCUUUUCUAACUAAACCUUCCAUAGCCUUACUAUUAACAAACCUCUGUAGAUAUUUCUCUGAUUUAUCUCUAAUUUCACAACCUCUUAACAAAAUCUAAGUCUUUCUCUGCUAUUUGGUGUUUUUUUCAUUGAUUUAUAACUAUUCUUAAUCCUUCAAUCUACAGUCAGGUAUUAAAGAAAUAUAUUUUUAAAUUUAACAAACCUCUAUAGAUGUUUAUGUUAUUUAUCUAAUUUCAUAACCUCUUAACAAAAUUUAAGUCGUUUUCUGUUAUUUUGGUGCUUUCAUUAAUUUUAUCUUCUCUCUAUUCCUUCUCUUCUAUUUUCUCCUCCUCUUCUUCUUCUUCUUCAGUUACUUCCUCUUCUGUACCUUCUCCUUCUUCUCCUCCUCCUUCUCUCCCUCUCUUCAUUCUCUUCUUCUAUCUCUUCUUCAAUUACCUCUUCUUCUAUCUCUCCUCCUCCUCCUUAAUCUUUCAAUCUACAGUCAGGUAUUAAAGAAGUAUAUCUUUUAAUCUAACAAACCUCUAUAGAUAUUUAUGUUAUUUAUCAAAUUUCACAAACUCUUAACAAAAUCUAAGUUGUUCUUUGUUAUUUUGGUGCUUUUUUCAUUAAUUUAUAAGUAUUCUGAGACAUUUUUCAAUUUACAGUCAAGUAUUACAAAAGCACAUCUUUUUAAUCUAAUAAACCUGUAUAGAGUUUUCUCUGAUCUAAUUUCAUAUGUUAUCUAAGUCUUUCUCUGUUAUUUUGGUGCUUCUUUCAUUAACUUCUAACUAUUCCCACACAUCUUUCUAUCAACAGUCAGGUAUUACAGAAUCUUAUCUUAUCUAACAAACCUCUAUAGACAUUUCUCUUAUUUAUAUAAUUUCACAAUCUAUUAACAAAUUCUAAGUCUUUCUCUGCUAUUUGGUACAUCUUUCAUUAAUUUCUAACUAUUCCCAGAUAUCUUUUAAUCAACAAUCAAAUAUUACUGAAUCAUAUCUUUUUAAUCUCUGUUCCUUGUUGUCAGUGCAUAAUAAGAUUUCGUUUAUAAAUUCUAGCAAUGUUUUUUUCUACCAUGUUACAGUGAAGGAGUUAAGAAAU